AUGAAGGGAAAAAAGCAGAAGAAAGAUUCAAGUGAAAAUAAAGAAAGCCAAAAAAAGGAUCCAACUAGUUUAAAAAGAAAAAAAUGUUCCAGCAGUGAACAUGAUUAUGAUUCGAAGAUCAAGCAUGAACAGCAUGAUAAGACUUAUAAAAUUAGCUCCCCAGAAGUGAAUACCAUGAAGAAGGGAAAAAGAAAGAAAUUAAAUGCACAGUCAGAAAAGAAAGAAGCUGAAAAUGUAUUGUUUCCAUUAGACAAUAGGGAUGGCGAAUACCCAUCUAAUGGUGAAGGCCCCUCAAUGCGUAAAAGAGAAAACGGCAAGGUUAACCAGGGACAGAAGGCCAAUAGGGAGAAGCAGUCCGUUAGUAAAGGUGAACGAGAGAAAGGUAAUCCCAAGGAGGAUGCGAAGAUGAAGAGUGAAAGCAGAAGGAAGAAGAAAGAUCGUAUCAUUGAUUCAGAUUCGUCUUUAAGAUUUUUAUUCAAUGAAAAAGACAUGGCCAUAGAUGAAGAGAAAGCAAAAGGGACGGACAAAAAGAUGGUAGGAAGACCGGGCAACCGCGUUACUAAGGAGGAGGGAAAAGCAGAAAAGCACAAGGAAGUGCAACAGGCACCAGCGCAACAGAAGGAAAAGCUAUUGAUGAAAGAAAUUACAAAGUGCUACGGAACAGUGAAAGUAAAGAAUGCAAACAACCAAAAGGGGCAGGGAGAUCUAGUAACCCUCACGAACAAACUAAACACAAAUGUAAGGGUUUCGGAUUCUCUCGCUAUGGUGCAGUUGUCGUCCCCGGAGGAUGCAGACAACAAUUUGUUGUCUCCAUGUAUUUCCCAAGCCGGAAUGAGUAUGAAAGAGGAGUGCGUAAAGGGAGGCCGAAAGGAGAUGAUACCCCAAGUAGAUGAACACUGUAAGCAAGGCCGCUGGAAAUUUCCCCUAGAAGUAAUCGAUAAUUUAAUUUUUAAAAAUAAAACCCAUGACUACGACAAGUGGGUACCAGGCUGCUGCAUAUUACUAGUGAUCGGAUUACCAUUAGAGCAAAAGGAAGAACACCUCCUUCAUAGCCUAAUUGACAUAUACUACCGGAACAGAAAUAGCGAUCCUAUAGUGGAUGUAAUGGAUCUUAUGGAGUCUGAUUAUAUUCAUCAAGCUCUGUAUAUAUAUUCAGCUGUGGAGGACCAUCCGAACAAGUACGAAUUAUUUGCAUACCGUUUGGGUAUUAUCAAAUUUGCUUUACUUUUUGGAGCAAAACAUAAUGCAAGUAUAAACCUGAUCGAUCACACCCAUUUGCAAUGUAACCUCAGUGAACUAUGCAGAACUAAUCCUUGUACUGUGGGUUCUAUUGCAUCACUUUAUUUUAGAAAUGAACACUUUGCCAAAAAAUUUUGGCUAGCUUUCAAAUCGUCUGCUAAUUAUAUGUAUGAAAAAUAUGUUAGAAUAAUCCCAGACAAGAAUGAAUUGAAGGUUUAUAUUGAGGCAUCUAUAUAUUUUGUCAUGCCUGGUGCCCUCUUCGUCAACAUAAAUUAUGCGCAACUGAAUGUGGUACUUAACAGUUUGCAGCAAAAAGCACCAACUGUCUUCGAAAAUAUUAAUAAUCUUAAAUGCAAAUUUCCGAACAAAACCAUCUGGGAUUUGAUCGAUGCGGACGUGUCUUUUGAUGAUGAGCCUGAUGAGUCUGAUGAGUUGGAUGAGGUUGAUGAGGUGGAUGCGGAGGCCCCUGCGCAGCCUGCCCUCGGGGAAACAAGCCUAGAGGGAAACGAUAAUGUAAGACGUACUUUUAUCGCCCAUAGUAGUGACGGAAUGGUGAGUGCCGCUAAGGGGGAAAGCAGUCAAGACGCUCCAAGUGGGAUGGGUGAACAGAAGGAUGAAAAUGUGGUGAAUGAUGUACUCGAAGAUAAGCAUGUAGAUGAGCGUGAAGAUGAGCGUGAAGAUGAGCAUGCAGAUGAGCGUGAAGAUGAGCAUGCAGAUGCGCGUGAAGAUGAGAGUGAAGAUGACGGGGAUGACGAUGAUAGCCCAUCAUUGCGAUGGGCAAAAGCCCACAGGUUUAACGCAUUUCAUUACGACAUCCCUUUUGAUGGAAAUUACCUGCUGGAGAGAGAAGACCUGGAGAGCCCACGCCAAAACAGAUUCCAUUGUACCCCAAAUUUCCUCAUACUCGUUUACAAUACACACAUCAACAAAUAUCUGCUGGAAAACGGGCUCUGCCUUCUAGCCUGUCCAUACUUAGACAGAGAAGCGGGACAAAAGGUGGCAAAUUUCUUAACAAAAUUCUACCUACUGGAUUGGACAUUUAGCGAAGCAGAUGAUGCAUGCUACUUUUACCUUUUCAAAUCCGUAGUAAAUGUUUUUGCAGUAUCAAAAAAGGCUUUUAGAGGAGUCUUUGAUUAUGUAGUUUGUACGCUCUUUUUGAAAUUGCCCUUUGGAUUAGUUCCGGCAGUUUAUAUCCGCUUGAACAGCACAACAUUAGACAACAUGGGGGACGGCCUCAGCAUGACGCUGGCCACAAUGUUAGACGAAGGACCGGAGGUCAAACAAAAGAAAGAUCCUAGAGAGCUGAUAGCAGCAGUGCAAACGGGGAAGAAUGAAGAUCACGCGCACACAGACAAUUCCAUCCUAACACCCGCCUAA